UUGGAGGAGAAUUUUGAUAGCUGCUUGCUCACUAUCCUUUACUCUGGUUGAUUGCGCAUGGCCGGUACUGGAAUCCACCCGUACCACCACCAAUGGUCUGCGGCGGCUGCCCCUCCGCCUCCGCCACAAGCCACUGCCAUCGCUCCUCCUCCUAUUCCCUAUCCCCAUCCUUCUCACAUCCUCGUCGACAACCCUGCCCGUCAUGCCUCCGAUGAGGUUCGAACUAUAUUUCUAACAGGUCUUCCGGAAGAUGUGAAAGAGAGAGAGCUACAGAAUCUUCUCAGAUGGUUACCUGGUUACGAGGCUUCGCAAGUAAAUUUUAAAGGUGAAAAGCCUAUGGGCUUUGCUCUCUUCUCCAACGCUCAGCUUGCUAUUGCUGCGAAAGACGCCCUUCAGGAUAUGGUUUUUGAUGCGGAGUCUAAGUCAGUGUUGCACACGGAGAUGGCCAAGAAAAAUCUUUUUGUUAAACGAGGCAUUGUUGCUGAUGCAGAUGCUUAUGACCAAAGUAAACGUUUGAGAACUGGUGGUGAAUAUGCCCACACCGGGUAUUCGAGCCCAUCACCAUUUCAUGCACCUCCACGUCCUAUUUGGGGACCUCACGGGUAUAUGGCUCCACCUCCUCCUCCAUAUGAUCCAUAUGGAAGUUACCCUGUUCAUCCUGUACCUAUGCCUGCUCCUGCACCUGUACCAGCACCUUGCAGCUAUGUGCCUGUUCAGAACACAAAAGAUAAUCCUCCUUGCAAUACACUGUUCAUUGGCAAUCUGGGGGAAAAUGUAAAUGAAGAGGAGCUCAGAGGUCUUUUUAGCGUACAACCGGGAUUUAAGCAAAUGAAGACUCUGAGGCAGGAAAGGCAUAAAGUCUGUUUCAUUGAAUUUGAAGAUGUGAACACUGCCUCCAAUGUGCAUCAUCUUUUGCAGGGUGCUGUUAUUCCUAGUUCUGGCUCUGUGGGCAUGAGAAUACAAUUUUCGAAGAACCCGUUUGGUAAACGGAAAGAUGCUACCUAUCCUGUUUCUGCUCCUGGGGCCAAUGGAAGUCCACAUGCUAUGGCAUACCAAUAGCGUGAAGGGGAUGUACUCUGUUCUUUUUGCUUCGACAAAUUCAAGCACUAGAUGAUAGGAUGCAUCUUGCAGCAGUUGCAUGCAUCCAUGAUCCAUUUCAUAUCAAGUCAUCAGCAUUUUCAUCUCCAUGGGAAUGAUUGCUCAUAUUGGUGUCACAAGCAUUCCAUUUGGAAGCAUGUUACUAAUGUAGUCCCUAUUUGUGACAUGCAUUUAUCAGAACUUAGAAGAUUUAAGUAGCUGGAUUAUUUGUGGGGUGUGUGCUGUGCAUUGGUCCUAUCCUGUUUUUUUUUGGUUGUGUAUGAGUAUGUAGCUAUUUAUCUAAAUGGAUUUCUUGAUUUAUUAAGAGCAUCCACAUGUAAGGUUCAGUCAUUUCAUCUCACCUUUCGCAAUUUCAAGUCGGUAGGGGUUCCAUAUCAUGGUGCAACUCUGGUAUAGGAAUGUAGGGCACAUAGGCCACCAGACAACGCAUCAUGCCAUUAUUAGCUUAAUCAUUUACUUGAUCAUCACGACCACAUCAUUAGCUUAAUCAUUUACUUCAUCCACCAAUUAAUUCAUGAUGAAUUAUUCACAUUCAAGCAACUAAGGCCUUUGUUUCUUAAGCAUCAAAGAAUAUAGUUUCAUUUACAUACAGAUUCCGAAUUGAAUUGACCAGGCCGCUAUGCGUUUGAGGUUCAAUUUCAGGUGCUAUCUGAAGUUCUUUUUUCUAGGCUUCUGACUGUGCAAGACCCCUCAUGGAGAUGACGCAGAUUUAUAGAGCCAACUGGACCAUGAUUCAAACAACCAUUUCGAUCCACUGCUCUGCUCAUCAUUGUUGAGUUUGCUGGAUGCAUACCUGGCUUGGCUGCAAAACUGGAGGAAAUUGAUGCCUUGGAAGAAAGGUAUCUAAGAUGAACUUAUUCUUGCUUAGGUUUGCCAUUCUAAUUUUUUCAUGGAGUUGUCAUUCUUCAAACUUCUAUCUUGUUGACUUCAAGUGUUUUAGAACUGUUUGGUCGUACAAUCUCCUAGACUUAUAAUUAUUACCCUCUGAUAUGAGCUUGGAGA